AUGGCAUCCAACGGCCCUUCUGCGAAGCAGCAGCAGCAGCUGCAAACUCAGUAUGGCAAUUACAAGAACGCCCUGCAGCAGCUGGCGCAAAAGAUAGGAGACGUCGAACAGGAGGCUGAGGAGCACAAGCUUGUCCUGGAGACGCUCGGCCCGCUCCCAGGAGACCGCAAGUGCUUCCGCAUGAUCAACGGUGUCCUGGUCGAGAGAACCGUCGAGGAUGUGGUGCCCGCGCUCAAGACGAACGCCGAGGGCCUGAAGCAGGUUCUCGACGAGCUGGUCAAGCAGUACAAGACCAAGCAGGAUGAUCUGGAGAAGUGGAAGAAGAAGAACAAUGUUCAGAUUGUGCAGUCAUGA